AUGUACCUGGUGGAGAGUAAGGAAGGUGCCAGAGCUUGUAUGCUGCUUGCACUUGUGUUGUUGGGUACUUGGCCUGCUGCUCUGACUGUCCCGGAGCGACGGGGUCGGCUUCCUCAACAUACCUAUCUUGAUUAUGCCAUCUCAAACCUUUUGGCUGCUGUUGCCAUAGCUCUCACCUUUGGUCAGAUUGGUGAUAGCAAACCCAACAUGCCAAACUUCUUUACUCAACUUUCUCAAUACAAUUGGCCUUGUAUUUUGGUUGCCAUGGCUGGAGGGGUGUUUCUUAGCCUUGGGAACCUUGCUACCCAAUAUGCUUGGGCACUCGUAGGACUUCCGGUGACAACAGUGAUCACAUCAAGCAUAGCCGUUGUCAUAGGAACUACCUUGAACUAUUUCUUGGAUGAUCGAAUCAACAAAGCCGAUAUUCUUUUCCUUUGCGUUGGGUGCUUCCUCGUUGCAGUUUUCCUUGGAUCUGCAGUUCAUUCCUCCAAUGCAGCCGAUAAUGAAGCAAAGCUUCAUGCUGCAAAACUUCUAGAAUUAUCCAAUGGUUACCAAGAUCGAACAGGGUAUAUAUAUAUAUAUAUAUAUAACUUCACUGGUCGCCUGAAGGACUUAGAAAAUGGAAAUAUUCUAGGGAGGAAAGCAAAGGUCGGAACUGCAGACUUUCUUAUUGAGCUCGAGAACAGAAGAGCAAUCAAGGUGUUUGGGAAAAAUAUUUUGAUAGGAUUGGCUAUAACUUUCUUUGGUGGUGUCUGUUUCGCUCUCUUCUCACCGGCAUUCAACCUGGCAACUAAUGAUCAGUGGCACACGUUGAGAGAAGGGGUUCAUCAUUUGGUCGUCUACACUGCAUUCUUUUACUUCUCGAUUUCUUUCUUCGUGACUGCAGUCAUUCUAAAUGUCAGCUUCCUCUAUCAUCCCCUUCUCAACUUGCCUAAAUCGUCACUGAAAGCUUAUCUAAGUGAUUCGAAUGGGAGAAAAUGGGCUUUUCUGGCUGGUUUCUUGUGUGGCCUCGGAAAUGGUCUUCAGUUCAUGGGAGGUCAAGCUGCAGGCUAUGCAGCUGCUGAUGCAGUUCAGGCACUUCCACUGGUGAGCACUUUUUGGGGUAUACUGUUUUUUGGAGAGUACAGAAGGUCAUCCAGAAGAACUUAUGGAUUGCUUGUUAGUAUGCUGCUUAUGUUUAUGGUGGCAGUGGCUGUGCUUAUGGCAUCGUCGGGGCAUCGGAAGACAUGA